UGAUGCCAUGGCGACAUAAAAUAGACCCACCUCCCUUGCUCUUUACACACUUCACCAGGUGUGCUACCUGUGGCAUUCUGGUCAUCAACCAAGAUGUGUUCCAGGGACUUAAAAAUUAGUGUGUCGUACGACGCACUAAAUGCAGACAAUACCUUCAGUGGUGGGGAUCGCAUUUCUGGACGUGUUACCCUUGAAGUUAGAAAGGAAAUGAAGAUAAACUCCUUUUCAGUGAGAGCGGAGGGUAAAGCAAGUGUCAUGUGGACUGAAUUCUAUGGUCAAAUCUUUGUUGUUUUCCACGACAAAGAAACAUGCCUCCAGCUGGAAACUAUCUUCAUUCAAAAGGAAAAUACUGAUUCCGAUGUCAUUCCUCCUGGAUGCCAUGUGUACCCAUUCACUUUUCAACUACCACAGCAGGAGAUGCCAUCUUCCUUCAAAACCUGCACAGGAAAAGUUGUUUAUUUUAUAGAAGCAGAGGUGAAGAGGCCCAUGCGGUUGGAUGCCAAAGAAAAAGUGGAGUUCACUUAUUUGUCCAGAACAAAUAUGGACUUUCUAGCCAUGAAGAAAGCUCAGAUCGGAAAUGCAGACAAGAGCUUUAAAUUUCUGAACUCUGGAAGUGUCUCGGUCACAGCGAGAAUCGACAGCACCAACUAUUACUUUGGAGAUGAGAUGAAGAUCACAGCAGACAUCCAGAACCUCUCCUCUCGCCCCGUCAAACCCAAGUAUCGACUGUACCAGAGGAAAAGUUUCUUUGCCAUGAGGAGAAGAAGGGUCUGCACUAAAGAUAUUGCCAACGGGGAGGCGGAGCCGGUCCAGCCAUCAGAGAGACAAACUGUGACCUGGUCUCUGACUAUUCCCUCAGAUGUCACGCCCACCAGCCUCAACUGCAGAGUUCUCAGAGUGGAGUACAUACUGAAGGUGUAUCUUGAUGUGAAAUACUCCAGAGAUCCAGACGUCCAAUUUCCAUUGGUCAUUUUUGCUGCGCCACAAAUCCCAGAUGAAGAAUCUGCAACAUUUGGGGAUGUAAAGAGAAUGGAUGAGCCUCCUCCAUAUAGUGUAUAUGCGGAGAUGGGCAACAUUCCCAAUGCUGCUAUUUACAAUCCAAAAUUUUAAUUCAUUGUAGGCCUAUUUGUAUAUGAUGAAAUUUAACUAGAAGUCUCUUUUAAUAUCU